GCGGCAAACAGGAUAAUAACGCAUGCGCGCGUUCCCGGAAAAUGCCCCGCACGCAUAUCGUGGAAAACUCUUCCUGCUGCAUGCCCAAAGCACGAAAUCGAUAAUUUUCCCCUAGUUUGUUGUCUAGCGCGUUAACCUACAACCACUGCACGUAAUCAGUGUAGGCAUCGAUAAACCGCAUUCUAAUCAAUUUCCAUAAGGACAAAAACGCCUCCAUUUUAAAAACCAAAUUAAAACUAAACUUCUGACCCAAAUAUUCAAAUAUCACAGAAUAUUGAGGACAAAGAAAUCCAAAAUUUAAAAGGAAAGCCACAAAUGAUCGUGAAAUAUUAAGAUAAGAUUGUUUGGUCAACUGUAAACAUAACGUUCUCGUUGUUUUCGCUGCGGGGAGGACAAUCGAAGAGGUAUUUGCGCACGCGGUUAUUCUCGACGACGGCAGGACGCUGUGCAAGGUGUACCCGAGUCCGGGCUCGGCCCGCAGCGUGUGGGCCUUGCCGCAGACGUCCUGCAGCAUGGUGGCUGACACCGACCACCCCACGGCGGCGGUCACACGUGACUCCAACCUCAGCGAGGCGGACAUUGCCGAUCAGACGCAGAAGAGUAUCUUCGAUGUCGUCAAAACCGGUGAGGUUUCCGACAUUGAAGACCUCGUAGAAAAACUCGGCACGCAAAUCCUCCGCGCCCGAGACGAAUGGGGCUACACACCGGCCCAUUGGGCCGCCCUGGACGGCAACGUCGAAAUCAUGCGGUAUUUAGUCGACCGCGGUGCACCAAUCGACCUAAGUUGUUUGGGAACACAAGGCCCACGCCCCAUCCACUGGGCCUGCCGGAAAGGACACGCAGCUGUAGUCCAGGUCCUUCUCCAAGCAGGAGUAGCAGUCAACGCUGCUGAUUUCAAAGGUCUCACACCUUUAAUGACCGCCUCCAUGUUCGGACGCACUGCAACAGCAGCAUUCCUGCUUGGAAUGGGUGCAAUGAAUCAGCUUGUGGACAUCAAUGGCGAUACAGCCCUGCAUUGGGCCGCCUACAAGGGUCACGCUGAUCUUAUUCGGUUGUUAACCUAUUCAGGGGCAGAUCUUCAACAACCGGAUCAUUUUGGGUCAACACCGUUGCACCUAGCGUGUUUAUCGGGGAAUGCUGCAUGUGUAAAAAUACUUUGUGAAAAGAGCAAUAUUGAUUUGGAGCCUUUGGAUAAAAAUGACAAGACGCCGUUGAUGUUAGCACAAAGCCAUCGUCAUCAAGACAUUGUCCAAGUAUUACUAUCAGAAAACAAGCGUAGGAGUACAUGGUUCCCUCCAAUUAACGAAAUCUGGGGUUUGAUCUUCGGAAGGGCAGGGAAUUCAAAGAUCCCGUUGUUAUUUUUCAUGGUUUCUGUUCUUUUAUGGGGAUAUCCUAUGUACAUCUUAAGGGUGGUGCCUGUAACUUGGAACCUCCUACGUGGGUCCCACUAUUGUUUCAUUUACUGGAAUAUCGUAAUGUGGGUUUGCUGGGCGAUUGCAAACAGAAAGGACCCUGGUUAUGUCCCAAUGUCAUCUGAAUCCUAUUAUCGCGCUAUAAAACAAAUCCCGUACUUUGACAAAUGGAAGAAACGCAACGCCAUCUUGAAUCGCCUCUGUCACACAUGUCGAUGCCUGCGCCCUCUGCGUGCUAAACAUUGUCGAAUUUGUAAUCGUUGCGUGUCGUAUUACGACCACCACUGCCCGUUUAUCUACAAUUGCAUCGGCCUACGUAAUCGCACAUGGUUUUUCUUGUUUGUAAUGAGUGUUGCCAUCAAUUGCUCCAUCACGAUUUAUUUCGCCACGUAUUGCAUUGCAAUUCAAGGAUUUGGCUUUUUAUAUUUGUUGGGGCUUGUUGAAGCUUUCGUGUUUUCCGGCCUCGGGUGGAUCCUCACAUGCACGUCGGUGCUGCACGCUUGUAUGAAUCUCACCACGAACGAAAUGUUCAACUACAAGCGCUAUUCGUACCUGCGCGACAAGAGAGGGCGCUACUUCAACCCGUUCUCACGCGGACCGAUUCUCAACCUCAUCGAGUUCUUCUUCUGCACGCCGGAGGAAUUCGACGACGACUACUACGAGUACAUUUGAUACUUGAACGCUAACUACAACUUGCACUAAACAAAUGCCUUAAUUUUUCUACCGCCUAGCCGUAGCCCGAGAUGAAAACGACGCGCGAAUCCAGCGAAUAUCAAACAAAAACAAAAACAAGCGAAACGCAGCUUUAGACUUGCAGCAUUUGAAUUUUACAUACAAUACGUACAUUUCUAUAAUAUAUAAAUAAAGUAUUACCUACGUGCACAAUCGACAAGAUGAAUGAGAAAAGACGAAAAUGUUUUACAAUAAAACAAACAAAAACACAAAUCGACGCAGACGAAUAUAAACAGCUUGUUAAUUACGAUUCUUGUUGUGAAUAUAUAUAAAUAUACGAUGUUUAAACUUAAAAUUUAUGCAAAUUGCGAGCAAUUAUAAACGAAUUAAUUGUGAAGCACAAACAUUACUCGAUUCAACGAGGGAAAACAUAUUAAUAAAGAUGAAAUAACGAUGAAA